AUGGGUUCCUACUAUGGCUAUGCAGUGGCUGCUACUGACAUAAACAAUGAUGGGAUGACAGACCUGCUGGUUGGCGCACCAAUGUUCAUGCUUCGUGACUCUGAUGGGAGGUUGGAGGAGUUGGGUCGGGUCUAUGUGUACAUGCAGAACGGACCUCUGGAUCUCCCACCUCAGCUACCUCACCUCACCGGCACACAGACGUUCGGCCGGUUUGGCAGCUCCAUUACCCCUCUCGGAGACCUCAACCAAGAUGGUUACAACGACGUGGCCAUCAGUUGUCCGUUUGGUGGGGAAAACAAACAAGGACUGGUGCUCAUCUAUAACGGACAUGCUGGAGGACUCAGGGAAAAGCCCUCUCAGGUGAUCGCUGGCCAAUGGGCUUCUGCCACACCGUCAGCUCUACCUGCCAGUUUUGGUUACGCCCUUCGUGGAGGCAAAGACCUGGAUAAUAAUGGCUACCCAGAUCUUAUUGUUGGCGCAUUUGGUGCAGACACUGCCGUUCUUUAUAGGUCUCGUCCUAUUGUGAACACCAGUGCUACCUUGACUGUAUAUCCAGCUAUGAUUAAUCCUGAGGAGAAAGUUUGCACCAUAAGCCGUGGGAACGAAACCCUGCAAGUGUCCUGUGUCAACCUGAGCUUUUGCCUCUCAGCCAAUGGGAAGCACCUACCAAAUCAUCUCGAGUUUAACGUUGAAGUUCAGCUGGACCGGCUGAAGCAGCCGCAGAAGGGGGCCGUACGGAGAGCUCUGUUUUUAGACACCCAGCUUCCCGCUCUGCAGAGGACUCUGACUGUGCCAAAUGGAGCCAGAGUCUGCAGUGACACCAAGAUCUUCUUGCGGGAUGAGAAGGACUUCAGGGAUAAGCUGUCGCCCAUCUUCGUUGCGCUCAACUUCAGCCUGAACCCUCAAGCUGCGGCAGACAGAUACGGCCUGCGGCCCAUCCUUAACUACCAGACAGCAGAGCUCAUCGAACAGAAAGCCCAGAUUUUAUUGGACUGUGGAGAGGACAACAUCUGCGUCCCUGACCUGAAACUCUCUGUGCACGGGGACAGGAAGGAAGUGUACAUGGGCGAUGACAACUCUCUGACCCUGACUUUCAAUGCAAAGAACGACGGAGGCGGAGCUUACGAAGCCGAGCUGUAUGUGGUCUUGCCACCAGAGGCCGACUACAGCGGAAUAGCCCGCAAUAACGAGAGCCUGACCCAACUGACCUGCAGUUAUGAGACGGAAAAUCAGACCCGUUACCUCAGCUGUGACCUGGGGAACCCCAUGAAAUCAGGCACUAGCUUAUGGGCCGGACUGAGAUUCACAGUACCACGUCUGAAGGACACACACAGAUUUGUGCAGUUUGACCUGCAGAUCCGUAGUAAGAAUGAGAAUAACUCCCAGAGUGAAGUCGUCCCCUACAAGUUGGAGGUGGUGGUCCAGUCAGAUGUUAUUCUACAGGGUGUCUCCCGACCAGACAAGGUCUUCUUUCCCCCACCAAACUGGAAGUUGACCAAGAAUGUGAUGGUUGAACAGGAUGUCGGACCCUCCGUCCAGCACACUUAUGAGUUGGUGAACAACGGGCCGAGCCGCAUCAGUCACACUCUACUGCAGCUCAAAUGCCCCAUGAGGCUUCAAAGUAACAGGUUAAUUUACCCGCUGGAGGUCACGACGGAGGGCCCUGUUAACUGCACCACCCACAACAUAGUCAACCCCUUGAACCUCAAGCUCCAGCAGUCUUCUACCGAGCUGCCUCCUUUACGAGACGCGGCACACGAACACCACAUCGAGAAGAGGGAAACGCACAAGGGCGAGCUGUCUCAGCUGACCAAUCUGUCUUGCUCCAGUGUGGAUUGCUGGACUCUAACGUGUAACGUUGGCCUGCUGGAGCGAGGGACUAGUGCCAUACUGCAUGUUCGCUCGCGAAUCUGGGCUGAAGCGUUCAUGGAGAAUCCUUAUAAAAACUUCAAUCUGGAGUGCCUUGCUAGUUACAAAGUGGAAAAGAUGCCAUAUGCCAUUUUGCCCAAAGUGACUCCUAGUGGUGCUAAAAAGAUGGUCACUCCUGUGGUCUGGAAUAAGCCAGACAGUACGUAUGCUGUUCCUCUGUGGAUCAUCAUUCUGGCUAUUCUGGCUGGUCUUCUACUGCUUGCACUGCUGAUCUACGUCCUCUACAAGCUCGGCUUCUUCAAGAGAACUCCAUACGGCACGGCCAUGGAAAAAGCCCAGCUCAAACCUCAGGCUGCAUCCGAGGCCUAAACUACACAAGAGAGCAUUCAGAAAACACGUCCCAGAGAAUGUUCUUAACCAGAGGCCAUCCAAAGAGAGCUUACUUGCUGUUUAAAAAAAAAAAAAAGAAAA